GGUGGCGGUAAUGCACAUUUAAAGUUGGCCAUCUACACCCUGUGCGGCACUUUCUUUGUUCCCUCUGCACAUGGGGUUGUGUGUGGUCUCUGUGCUGUUUGUUAUCAUGAUAUCAUCAGUGGUAACUACAACCAGUCUACAACCAAGAGAAGUGGCAGCUCCGGGCAGUGACAUCACCCUUAGCUGCUCUUUGUCUAAAAACCUGAACCUCAACAACCUGGUCGUCAACUGGCAGCGUGGAGAGUCAGAGGUGGUCCACAGCUAUUACCAUGGGAGAGAUCAGCUGGAAAGACAGAGUGUUGUUUACAAGGGACGAACUCAUCUGUUUGAAGACCAGCUCACAGUGGGAAAUGCCUCACUUAGACUGAGUGAUGUGCAGCCGAGUGACCAGGGCCCAUACACCUGUGAUGUGACAGAUGAACAGGGAAGCACCCAGGAAAAGCUACAACUUCUAGUGGCAGCCCCUUAUGAUGAGCCCAGGAUAUCCAUCCAAGCCACUUGUGACGGCUUUGUUGUGACCUUCAGUGCCUCUCAGGGGUUUCCCCAGCCAGAGGUAGUGUGGAAAGGUGUGAUGGGCAGUACCAACACCACUAUGGAGUUAGACAGCAAGGGGCUCUAUGAGCUGGAGAGUGAGGUGACCCUGAGGCUGAACAGCACUCUGACUGUUACAGCCGAGCUGAGACUGAGGGUGCUGGACCAGAGUUUCACCAAGUUUCUCACACUCCACCCACCACCAGUGUGCUAUGUGAUGCCAGCUGAGCAGAGGAGAAGAUUGUUGAUAUAUCCCCUGCUGCUAAUGCUCCUGGGAUUGGUGCUCCUGUUAUCCUGGAAGAGGUCUGAGCAGGAGACCAAAAAGGAUAAGAAAACAGAAGAAUAGAAUGGCCUUCGGUCCAUGGUCACUCAACAGGCAUCAUGCCAGAGCAAUUAUCAUUGCUUGUUUACAGAGAAAACAUAAAGGGAGGACAGACUUUUAUACUAAUGUACAUUUUAAUAGAAAGUCAUUUUGUAAAAGCGGAACUACAAUACAUUAUACACAAAGUUCAACACAAUACAAUGGGAGUUGCACACCACAACACUAGAUGGUCAUAUGUACAGUGCCUUGCGAAAGUAUUCGGCCCCCUUGAACUUUGCGACCUUUUGACACAUUUCAGGCUUCAAACAUAAAGAUAUAAAACUGUAUUUUUUUGUGAAGACUCAACAACAAGUGGGACACAAUCAUGAAGUGGAAUGACAUUUAUUGGAUAUUUCAAACUUUUUUAACAAAUAAAAAACUGAAAAAUU